UUUAAGUUUCUCGCCACUUUUUCAAAACGAAAGUGGAAGACGAUGGGAAAACAUCACCGUAGUUGAAGUUCAUUUUAAGAAGAUGGACAAUGCUGAAAUACGACAGAUAAUUUGUGAAAAAUGUAUUGUGGUAAGAGGUUUCAACAAUGAAAUUCAAUUUCAUCAAAUACAGAAAAGUUUUCCCGAAUCCAGAAGGGUAAACUUGGUGACAAGAACCGCUACACUACCAUCCAGGGAUAAAGAAUGGAUUAUUCAGUUUCAGUCUGUGACAGAUGCUCAGAGAUAUGUACAAGAUGUAAGAAUACUAAAAUGUCCAGAAGGUCUGUUGGACAUCAGUGAUUGUAAACUGCCAUGUGAUAUCCCAGAUGAAUGGCUACAGGAUGAAGUUAUUUCUGACAAGUCAACAGGAUCACCCAAGCAUGUGUCAUCAGGGACAAUGCAGCCACCACCUUAUUCUCCCUCUGAUCCAUCAGUGCCUCCUUCACAGCAUUCCACUAGUGCCCAUGGAUUUCCACCAUAUGAUCCAAGAUUGUAUGGACCAAAUCCACAAAACUAUUACCAGCAUCAGUAUUAUCCACCAUAUAGAAUGCCAAUGAAUCCCUAUCAUCAUGGAAGUUCUGGUAAAGAACAUCUACCAAAGGAACAAUACAGACCACAGCAUGCUGGACAGUGGGGUCAAUAUCCAGGAUAUUACCAACCUGCUCCUUAUGGUUCCUAUCCAGGCUAUGGCUAUCCACCUCAAUCAAAUUUUGAUUUUCAUCAACCAGUUCAACAGCUUCCUGUUCAGGGAAAUCUUAAUCAAUACACACAAGGAAAUGAAAACCGGGGAAAUACAACUUAUCAUUCAUCAUCAUUAUCAGAAACUGUACAGAACGAAAAUGAUGUCCAGUCAGAUGGAGAAGAAAACAUACCGGUAGAUGAAGAUAAAAUGGAGGAUGAACCUGCCCAGACAACAACAAACAUGCUUAAAGUGACUAAAUUACCAUUAGAUACCACAGAAGAUGGUUUACGAUUUUUCUUUGAGAACACCAGAAAGUAUGGUGGUGGGGAUGUAGAUGAUGUAGAAUAUGAUGAAGAUACGAGGACGGCCAUUAUUACCUUUGAAGAGGAUGAAGCUGUUGACAUAGUAUUACAAAAGAUACCAAUUCUAUUCAAUAAAAAGGCUGUAGAUGUGGAAGCCCACAUUGUUGGUGCAGAAUCUUCAACAGAUAUACCUGAAGAAGAACCAGAUGACUCUAGUCAAAAUACUGGUGAACCAGUCACCAUAUGCUCAGUAGAGGUGCGUGGAAUGAAGGAGAAUACAACUCAGGAUACCAUCAUGUAUUACUUUGAGUCUAAGAAAGGUGCUAAGGCAGAUGUGGAAACUAUAGAAUUUGUAGAAGACAAGGACAUGUAUAUUGUCACAUUUGAAAAUGAAGAAGCUGUUGAAACAGUCUUGUCAAAGAGUCAUAUAGUAGAUGGUGCCAAAUUACAAGUUAAAAGACAUGUUCCACUCAAAAGAUAUCCAAACAAAGCAUUAGUUAAAGGUUUUAGCCCAAACACAACCAAAGACGGCAUAAUAAACUUUCUGGAAGCCAGGACGAAAUUUGAUGUUGAGGAAGUAGACUAUGGUGACGAGGAUUCUGGGAAGGCUAUUGUUACAUUUUGUGAACCAAUAGAUAUUGGAGAUAUCCAAACAGCAUGUAAAAAGAAAGCAUUAGAUAAAAGCUACCUGACAGUUCACCCUGUGGUUGUGACAAACUGUAUUGUAGUCAGAGGAUUUAGUGAGAAAACAACAGAAAGUGGAUUGGAAUAUUACUUUGAUAAUAAACGGAAAUCUGGUGUAGAGGGUGUCACUGAUGUCAAUAUGAAUAGAGAUGACGAUUGUUGCGUUAUAUACUUUGAAAAUGCAGAAGAUGCCUUGCUUGCCUGUAAAAGAUCCCAUACCAUUGACAACUGUAAACUUAAGGUGCAGGUUUUCUAUGAUUGUCUUGGUGUACCAGCUGAUAAUGAAGGACCAAAGUUCAAACCAUUGCCAUCUUUAGUUAUUACUGAUAUUGACAAAUAUAAAUUAAGUUUUUUGAAAAACUCAGCUCACAAAAAAGAGACACUCGAAAAACAGUUGGAAGAUAUCUAUUCUAAAAUAACAUGGCCAGCAUCACCCCAAGAAAACAAAAUAAUUGUAGAAUGCACUAUAACAAAGGAAACGCAAGAUUGUCGAAAACUUGCAAAAACAUGGGAAAAAGAUACUAGAAUGCACAUUGAUUCAUUUGUGAAUUUGUUGGUUAAGGAGAUUCACUCUAUACUACAAGAAGCUUGGGGUCCUGUGAUGGAAAAACUUCGAGAAAUUCACAUAUCUGAUCCUGAUGGUGUUACUGUUAAUUUGGAGAAUCCACCUACUUGUGAAAUUAUAAUAACUGGCCACUCAGUCCCUGUAAAAGAAGUCUCCAAUAAAGUUAAAAAAAUAAUUUAUGAAGUGUCCGAAGAUCUUGAUAGAAAAAAACAAAUAGUUCAAGAAGAAGUGAGUCUGAAACGUCACCAGUUGUUCGUUUUGUCAUUUUCUCAAUUCUCAAACAAGAUCAGGCAAGAGUUUGAGCAAAUGGAGAUAAAGAUAGACACAAAAAAGCAUGUAAUUACAUUUACAGGGAUAUCUGGAAACAUUAGCAAAGCCAAGGUUACUAUGUAUGAAACACUGAGUAACAUAGCAUCAGCAACAAUUGGUAAGAAAACACCAGGCUACAUUCAGUUUUUGAAAAGACAGGAUGUAAAAAAAUCAAUAGCAGCAAAUCUAAAGAGCAGUAGUCUAAUUGGGGUUUGGGAAAUCCAGGAUAAUACCAUACUUAUGUAUUCAAUGUCUGAUGAAGAAGCCGUAGCUGCAGCAGACAUUUUAAAAGACUGUGUGGUGGAGGUCAAAGUCGAUGUUGACAAUGUACAGAAGUCCAUGCUAAGUUCUCAAAAAUGGAAGCAACAUGUACAGGCAAUCCAGAAUGAAUUUGAGAGAAAAUCUGUUGUAACUGAAAUUGUCACAAACCAGCAAGGACAGAUAACUGUAUAUUGUAACACACAAGGUGAAGCAGGACUGAUUAAAGAAAAAAUACAAGAUUUUUUUCUUACAAAUACAGAAAGGGAGAUAACUAUUGAUUUACCACCUUCUUUGUUGAAAUUUCUUCAGGAGGAAAUGAAAGAUGAAGUAGAAAAUCUGGAGAAAGACUUAAGGAAAAGAAACAUCAUUGUUGCUGUAAAGAGUGAUGGUAUUCUGGUUAAAGGCAAUGCAGAGGGAAUAAAGGAUGCUGAAGAUGAGGUGGAAGCACUAGUACAGAAAAUAUAUAAAACCAAGCAUUCUAUGAACAAACCAGGUUUACAAGAAUUAAUGAAUAGUAACCAAGGAAAGACAAAACUAAAGCAUGUUAGCAAACACGCGGGAGUUGUUAUCAGUAGUGAUAGUGAUGAAGAUGAAAGGUCAUCAGGUCAUAUUAGACGUAGGGGAGGUGCUGGUUCAGAUGAGAGAGCAGUGUUUUGUGGUGCGGGAGGUCAAGAGGUCAUUGUCGUGAAGGGCGAUAUUACUGGUCUGGAUGUGGAUGUUAUUGUCAAUGCAGCUAAUAAAGAUUUGGCUCACAGUGGCGGUCUUGCCAAGGUGCUGGUUAAUAAAGGUGGAAAAGGGAUACAAGAUGAAUGUGACCAGUAUACAAGUAAUUAUGGGCAGUUAUCUGAGGGAAAAUGUUUCAGUUCUGGACCUGGAACAUUAAAAUGUCAAAUGAUUGUCCAUGCUGUAGGACCAGUAUGGCAGGGAGGUUCUAAUAGAGAGGAAGAACGACUGCAUCAAUGUGUUGAAUCAACAUUAGUUGAAACAGAACAAAAUCAGCAUACCAGUGUUGCAAUCCCAGCUCUUUGUACAGGAAUCUUUGGUUACCCGGCAAACCAGGCAACCAGGGUGAUUGCCCAGACAGUUAAUGAUUAUUUCAGUAGUAAUAGGGGAAGCACAGUUCAGAGAGUUUACCUUUGUGAUGUCAAUGAGAAUUCUGUAGACCUGUUUGUGAAGGCUGGGGACAAAGUUUUUGGAAAGAGAACAGAUGGAGGAGGAAAAAUACCAUCUGGUGGUCGUUAUUCAGAUGGAUUCUCAGGACAGGCUGGCCCUAUCUCUGCUGGGAAUAUACAAAUCAAAGUUGUCAAAGGAGAGCUAUCAAAAAUGAGAGUUGAUGCUAUUGUUAACACCACCUCAAAGGAUUUACAGCUCAACCAAGGAGCAGUUUCUGCUGCAUUGCUUAAAGUUGGAGGACAGGCACUACAGGACGAAUGUUUACAGAACUAUCCAAAGGGUGUUGGCUAUGGAGAAGUAGCUGUUACAUCAGGAUAUAACUUACCAUGUAGCUAUGUCUGUCAUGGCUCACUUGAUCAAUGGAGGAAGGAUGGAUCUUCAAUUAAAGUACUGGAGAAGUUUAUUGACAGGUGUCUACAAGAAGCAGAUGGUAAUGGUUGCAAAUCUAUAGCAUUACCUGCCAUGGGUACAGGCAAACUUGGAUAUCCUAGAGACCUAGUAGCCACACAUAUGUAUUCAUCUGUAGAACAAUUUGCCAGUCAGAACCCGAGUUCUAAUGUUACUGAGGUGUUAUUUGUACUAUAUGAUAAAGAUCACCAAACAGUAAAGGCAUUUGAAGAUGAAGAACAAAACAGACAGAGAAGUAGUGGUAGACAAGACAGAGAUUAUACACAACAGCCUACAGGAUAUCAGGGCAGGAGAGGCAAAGGUGUAAAGAAAGAACAACAGAAACAAACACCUCAGACACAAGGUACUCCACAGGAUCAAGACACAUCAGAUCCAAAUAAAGAGUAUAAUGUCAACAUGGGAAGUACAGUGUUUAAAGUUUACCAAGGGGACAUAACUGCUAUUAAAGUAGAUGCCAUUGUAAAUGGAACUAAUGCUGACUUGGAUUUUAGCAUUGGUGCUGUUGCUAAAGCUAUUAAACAAAAGGGAGGACAGGAGCUGGACAAACAACUUGGUGAUAAUAAAAAAGCCAUGAAGAAGGAUGGAAUAGCUGUAACAAACCAUACUUCUGGAUUAAUGUGUAAAGCUGUCAUCCAUCUAGAUAUGACAGGAGUGAAUCCAUUAGUCUUUGGUGGUUCUAUUGCAUCAGCUUUCUCUGUUAAACUGAAGGAUAGAAUAAAACUUGCACUUGACAAAGCUGAAAAACUACAGAUGGCUUCAGUAGCAUUUCCUGCUUUAGGCACGUCAACCAAUACUAAUGUAAAAGUAAGUGACAUUGCAGAGGAGAUGUUCAAGGUCGUUGAAAAGUUUCAUAGCAACAAGACUAAUCACCAUGUAAAGGAAGUACAUGUAGUUAUAUUCCAAAAAGACAUGAUGAAGGACUUCAUGGAAGCUGUCAAAAACUGUGUUAACAAGUCUAAAGAGGGUUACAUUGACAAAUUUAUGAAGUGGACUGGACUUGGAGCAGGAGCACAGUCACUGAAAAAAUCAAGACAUAACCGCCAUCUGAUUGGAACCCAAGUGUCACAAAACAAACAAAUGGCCACAGUGGUUUCCUUUGUGAUCUAUGCUAGAGAUAAGAAUUCAGCAGAUAAUGCAAUUCAAUUACUGGAGAAAUCUGUAGAAGAUGAUAUUAUAGAAAGACCCAUCAGGGUUAAAAUAAUCAAUGAAUUUACCCCAGAGCAGAUAAAUGAAGUUAAGAAACUAGAGGCUACUGGUAAGGUUGAAGUUACUGUAGACACAAGCAAAGGGGAGAUGAGACUUAGAGGAUUUACCAAACAUGUCUCUGAUGCAAUUGAACAAGCAAAUGAUAUUAUCAAAACAGCAGAGCAAGCCAAACAAACAAGGCAAAAGGCCAAACUUGUAACUGAUAUGGUACAGUGGCAUUAUAUGGAAGAAGAUAAAGGAGAGAAAAAACUAGUCGAAUAUCCUCCUGAGGUUAACCUUAUUCUUGAGACGGCUUUAAAAGAUCAGAAAAAAGAUGCAUCAUUUUAUGACCAGAAUGGUAAUAAAUAUGUUGUGGAUUUCAACUCGUAUGAGGAAUAUCCGGCAGAUGACCCGACAGAUAAAGUUCAAGUAUUAAGAAAGUCUAAACUUGUUGAUCAUGCCUUUGAGUUGCCACUAUCUUGGGAAAAGAUGGGAGACAAAGAGAACUUAAAAGUUGUUCAGCUGAAACCAACAGACCAAGAAUAUAAAGAUGUUUCACAAAAAUUUAUAGCUACAUCUGGUGGUACAAAAGUAACUUUUGUCAAGAUUGAAAGAAUACAAAACAAAACGUUAUACCAACAGUUUGUAGCAAAGAAGAAAUCAAUGGAUGCAACCAAUCCUAAAACCGUCAACAAUGAAAAACAACUGUGGCAUGGAUUUUCUGUCGAUGCCUUGGACAGUAUAAAUAGAUAUGGCUUUAACAGGAGUUAUUGUGGAAAAAAUGCUGUUGCAUUUGGAGCUGGUGUUUAUUUUGCUGUUGAAGUAAGAUAUUCAAUUCAAGAUACCUACUCAAGGCCUGACCCCAGUGGACACAAAAGAAUGUACCUCUGUAGAGUACUGACAGGAGAAUUUUGUAAAGGUCUAGGAGGAAUGAGAGUUCCACCAGCCAAACCUAAUGCUGCUGGAAGUCAUAUUUUAUAUGACUCAGUUACUAAUGAUAUGAACAAUCAAAUUAUGUAUAUUAUUUUCCAUGAUUCACAAGCUUUCCCAGAAUAUCUUGUAACAUUCAAAAAAGGUUGAUUUAAGUCUAUCUUCAAUUAAUUGUGCAGAUUUACAAAAUUCCUCUAGACGAUGAAUGAUUGUGUACUAAUGAAAUAUUUAUAUAUAUAUAUACUUUUCAAUUUUGUGUAAUAAAGAAUUAAUUUUGAAAA